ACAGUGUGAUCUUAUUCCCUCCCUCUCUCUCUCUCUCUCUCUCUGGUAAAGCACUGAUACUGGUAUUAGUCUAGUGCUUCAACUGGCUCCAAGCCCUGCCUUUCUCCUGGCUUUACACUUCACCCCUCAAUCACUGUCUCUCCCUCACUCUCUUCAGCCAGAUAAUUCGAGAUCCGUACACGAAAUCACACACAUACACCCGGCUUAGCUGUUCAUGACGCCAAUGCUGGUGAUCAGAUUCUAUUCCCCUUCCCCCUAGCUACCACCACGGCUGCCCAGUGCGGUGCUGUUGCUCACAGCGACCAACACCGACGCACCGACUACUUCUUCUUCCCUCCCAACCUUGCGCCGACGCCGCCCACCAUCCCCGUUUGGAGUCACAGAGAGCGGCGAAGCGGCUGUAGCAAUGCUGGGAGGCAGGCCGAAAUCUGCGGCGGCCGAAGCCAAGAGCGGCAAGGUCACGCCGCCGACGCCCAAGGGGGGCAGGGCGAGCAAGCCGGCCUCCGCCAAGCCGGCAAAUGGCACCCCGCCGCAAGCGCCGCGCGCAGCCGAUAGGUCCCCCAGGUCGGGGGACAAGCCGCCGUCGGGCGACCGCCGCACGCCCAAGGUCUUCGACCGGCUCAGCACUCCCCCGGCCGAGAAGCAAAGCAGCGCCAUGAAGCUGUCCCAGGAGCUGCAGGCUCAGCUCGCCGCGGUCCAGGAGGAGCUCGUGAAGGCCAAGGAGCAGCUUGUGGAGAAGGAGAAGGAGAAGGGCAAGGUCCUUGAGGAACUGGAGGAUGCCAAGCGGCUGGCCGACGAGGCCAAUGCCAACCUGAUGGUCGCGCUUGCCGCUCGGAAGAAGGCGGAGGAGGCCUCCGAGACCGAGAUGUUUCGGGCAGUCGAGCUGGAGCAGACGAGCAUCGAGUCGAUGCAGAAGAAGGAGGAGGAGCUGCAGAGGAAGCUGGAGAGCAUGCGGAGCCAGCAGGAGUCUGACGCUGCAGCACUGCGGUCGACCGUGGAACAGCUCGAGAAGGCGAGGUAUGAGCUGGCUGAUGCGAUCGAUGCCAAGAACUUGGCGCUCAACCAGGUGGCUGAUGCGACCCGGCUUAGUGAAGUGAAUGCUCACAAGGUGGAGCUCCUCAAUGCAGAGGUUACUCGCCUGAAAGAAUUGCUUGACACUGAGCUGGAGAGCAAGGAGAAAGAAGGUGCUAAGCAGAUCAUGAGGCUCGAGGCAGAGGUCUCGGCAUUGAAGAUUGAGCUCCAGAAAGCAAAGGAUGCUGAAGAGAAGGUAGCUGAAUUAGAAGAUGUGAUCGAAGGGCUUAGAGUUGAUGUCGCCAAUGCUACAAAGGCCAGGACCGAGGCAGAGGAGCAGGCUGAUGAAUGGAAACAAAAGGCUGAAAUACUGGAAAUUAAAUUGGAGGCAGCCAACCAGUCUUACAUGUUGAAGGUCGAUUCCUUGAAUUCAGUGAUGAAAGAAUUGGAUGAAGCAAGCACCUUGCUUACCGAGAAAGAAUGUGAACUUUCUGACCUUCAGAACAAGCUGCAAGCCUUGGAAGAUGAGGUAGCUAGGCAGAAUGAAGAUAUUAACGCGUCAGAUGAGCGUCUUGAUGUUGCAGAGAAAGAAGCGAUUGAAUUGAGGGAAGAGAUCAAUGAGCUCCAGUCGAAGCUCCAAGCACUGGAAGAAGAGAAGAUGGAUGCUAUCAACAAUGAGAACAAUGCAAGUUCACAAAUGGAGUCAAUAUGUGAAGAGAAGGACAAGCUGGCUCAGGAACUAGAAGCUAGCAAAGAUGAAUAUGAGAAAGUUAAGAAGGCUAUGGAAGAUCUAGCCUCAGCAUUGCAUGAAAUGUCCGGUGAAGCAAGAGAGGCACGGGAAAGGUACCUCAACAAACAAGAAGAGAUUGAGCGAGCCAAGGCACAAAUAGAGGAGCUCAACAUUAAUCUCAAGAACACCCAGGAGAACUAUGAGGUUAUGCUUGAUGAAGCAAACUACGAGAGAGUCUGCUUGAAGAAGACGGUGGAGCGAAUGGAAGCAGAAGCAAAGAACACAUCUGAGGAAUGGCAAUCCAAAGAGGUCAGCUUUAUGAGCUCCAUCAAGAAGUCUGAAGAAGAAAUUAGUGCAAUGAGAGUUGAGAUGGAUAAGGCAACAGAGACGGCAAGGGACUGGGAGAACAGAAAUGCUGAAUUGGAGGAGAAGCUGAAGGAGCUGGAAGCUCAGGUGGAGGAAGCUAACAGAGCCAAGGAUGAAGCAAAAGCUGAAGCACUGGAGUGGAAAGAGAAGCUAUUGGACAAAGAGAAUGAACUGCAGAACAUAAAACAGGAGAAUGAUGAGCUGCAGGUCAAAGAAUCGACCGCCUCCGAGAAACUCAAGGAGCUUUCUUCCAUGGUUGGCAAUGCAAAAGAUAGAGUGUUAAAUGGCACGGGUCCGAAAGACGAGAAUGAAAAGGGAAAUACCAAGGAAGACGAUCCUGUGGUGGUAGUUGCGAAGAUGUGGGAGAACAGCAAGGUUACCGACUACGACUUGUCUACCGAGAAGGAGAAAGAUGGCGAAUCAGAACUUGAUCUGGAGUCCAACAAGGGAGAUGCUGCCUCGGACUGCCACAGGCUGUCCACAGACACCAGGAUGAACAACAACACGAAGCUGAUCAAGCAGCAGCAACCGAAGAAGCCUUUGAUGAAGAAAUUCGGUGGUUUGCUGAAGAAGAGAAGCCAGCAUUAGAACAAACUGUACCAUCCCAAAGAAACAAAAUAUCAAUGUAUGCUAUGGAUGACUAUUUCUCUAGCUUCACCUUCGCUUUGGUCCUGCAGAGUUGGGAGUAAACAUAAUAGUGUAAGAAGUUUUCAGAAGAGAACAGAAGGGUGAUGUAUUUUCUUCCCUUUUUUCUGUCUAAUUCCUUAUAUCGUGUAUGUUUGAGGAGCAUUCAUACUCUAGUUCAUGUAUUUGUUGGCCUGCUGGGGUAAUGUUAAUGUAAAGGGAUGUGAGGUUUCGAUUCAUUUGUUCUCCAA